CACUUCCAGGUUAAGCCAGAGCCAGGACUGGUAGGUGGAAACCAGACAGGAGUGCCUGUAACCCAGGGCAACUCCACAACACAGGGGCCAUUACCUUCCUGCUUGCCAGUCAGGCCAGCGGGGAGGGCAAGCCUGUGGAGCUGGGAGAGAGUUUGGAAGCCAAAAGCUGCAGGUGACUCAGGUGCCUGCAGGAGUUUCGGGAGAAGGCGGCAUUCAUCCCAGAACUGAUUCUAGAGCCCUUAACCUUCUAAGAACCUAGGAAUCCACGCAGCCCGGACUAUUUCAUUCACUUGUCCCCGGAACACAGUCGGCAGGUCCAUGGCUGGCAGGCCUGUGCCCCCCGGACGCCAGGAGGAGGAAACUACCAAAGACCCUGGGCUGAAACUAUCACCGGUGAGGCCUCCAGGCCACCUGCCCAGUAUUGAUGAGGCCCGACUAGCAGGUCUGGGCCCGUCCUCCCGCCGUGGCUCUGUGCUGGGCCCAGCCUCCUCCUUCUCACGUCGCAACUCGCUGGCAGGACCCGGUGCAGGUCGGGGUCGGCGACCAUCUCUGGGCCCAGUGCCUCCUCUGGGCUCAAGGGUUAGCUUCGGGUUGCCCCUGGCCCCCCUCCGUCGGCUGGCGCCCUCCUACCGCAUGGAGCCCGCGCCCGGUGAGCGCUGGGAGGCCAGCCGCAUGCAGCACUCGAUGGAAGCGACGCUGGCCGCCCGGCUGGGCAACGCGCACUACGCGGGUGCGGAGGCCGGGCCUCUGGCUCGCGAGCUGUGCGAGCUGGUGCGUGUGCGCCUGCGCGAACUCUGUCCCCCGCGCUACAAGCUUGUGUGCAAUGUGGUGCUAGGGCCGCGCACCGGCCAAGGCGUGCACGUCGUCAGCCGUGCGCUCUGGGACACCGAGCAUGACGGGCUGGCCUCCGCCGCCUUCACCAAUGCCUCCCUCUUCGUCGUGGCUGUAGUGCACGGGCUCUACUGUGAGUGAGGAGGCCUCCAAGUUCUGCAAAAACGAUUUAUUCUCCCAGGAGGAGGCCCUCCCUGGGGCUCGAUCCCAAUAAAUAAAUGUCUGUUAAUA